CUUUCUGUCACAAGAGAGGACUCACACCGACCACCACACCAAGUCCCAGAGGAGGUGGAGGAGUCUACAGGAUUCUGCAUGCCACUAUAAGCUUCAAUAUUGACCCUGAUUUUGGAAGGGGUCAAUGGAAAAAAUGAGAAACAAAAUUACAAAUGCCCUCUCAGACUUUUUGUUUGAGUAUGAGACCCCACGUCAGGUGCUGGUGAGGAACAGGAGAGUGGGAGUGGUGUGCCGGUUAAUUCAGCUCGGAGUUCUGGGUUAUAUCAUUGGGUGGGUGUUCAUCUAUGAAAAAGGCUACCAGUCCACCGACACUGCAAUCAGCACCACCCUAACCAAAAUGAAAGGAGUGGGCUACACCAAUGUGGAUGGAAUGGAGAAGAUCUGGGAUGUGGCAGACUAUGUGUUCCCACCACAGGGAGACGCAUCGUUUGUGGUGAUGACGAAUUACAUCAUAACAGAAGGCCAGUCACUGGGAAAGUGUCCCGAGCUUCCUGGUAAGCACAACUGUACCAAAGAUGCUGACUGUGAAGGAGGGAGUUACAAACGCACAGGACAUGGAACCAUGACCGGAGUUUGUAAUGACACUACAAAGACAUGUGAGGUACAGGCCUGGUGUCCGGUGGAGAACGACCACCACAUCCCAGACCCUCCAUUGCUGCUAUCUGCAGAGAACUUCACACUUUUCAUCAAAAACUCUGUCACAUUUCCAUUAUUUGGCAUCACAAGGAGUAACCUGGUUGAAGGUAUUGACUCGAAGUACAUCAGUAAAUGUCUUUACCAUCCAGAGACAGCUCCUCUCUGCCCCAUAUUCAGCCUGGGAGACAUAGUCAGAAUAUCUGGCUUCAACUUCGAAACAAUAGCAAAAGUGGGAGGAGCCAUAGGCAUUGUGGUGGACUGGUUAUGUAACUUUGAUCUGGAUGUGCGACACUGUAAACCCGAGUACAGCUUCCAUGGCCUGUACAGAAACCCAGACGAGACAGACAAGUUUCGAGCAUCUGUGGGAUACAACUUCAGGUAUGCAAGGCAUUAUAUUGAAAAUGGAGUUCAGAAAAGGACUCUUUUCAAAGCGUUUGGAAUAAGGAUUGAAGUAAUAACACAUUCACUGGCCAGGAAAUUUGAUAUCAUCCCAACAUUAACCGCCAUAGGCUCAGGUGUGGGCAUUUUUGGAGUGGCUACUGUGGUUUGUGACUUGGUUCUACUUUAUUUGUUACCAAAAAGAGAGUUUUACAAGAAUAUGAAAUUCAAAUACACAGAGACACAAAAUCAGCCUGACAACGACUCCUUCGAUUUAGACCCAAACGUCUAUUACGGCCUCGGAGCCAAACCAGAACAAGUCCAAGACACUGGGCGGUCCAACGAUCAAGAAUCAGAAGGUGGUUCCAUAGAGACUGAAGUACGACACUGACACGAAAGCAUUCCAGGCAAAUUCCAGAUGAACUUUGAAGUGACACCUGCAGUCUCCUUCAAACACCACUCAAAUCAGACUAUGGACAAUUACAGGGAUGUGCAACCGAUGAAUUUUAUGUUCAUGAACUUGAAAAGGUUGGCCCCAGGGACUGCAUCUCUUUCACUUUUCUGUUUUGUUGGGAUAGAGCCGUCAAUAGAAGUCGACGCUGUGUAGUUUUUGGGUGUAGACAGUUUUGUUGUUCUUUCUUUGGGUACAACAUGUUUACUGUAACGGUCUCAAAAGCUGUGUGUUACAAUGCACUGAACCCACAAUCAAACUUUUUGACUUUUUACCUCAUCAAUGUGGAGGCAAAAUGACACCUUAUUGUUGCUGAACGGUACAAUACAAAUCUGUUUUAGUAGUUUUAUGACAGUGAUUUUUGUG